AAGAGGUUCACAGAGGAAUUGCUUUAACAAAUUUUACAAUUACAUUGUGUGGUAAUCUGCUAACGUGAUUCUCGCGUAGAACUCUCGUGGGCGACAGGACGCAAUCAUGAACAUAUACUGUUUCGUUGGAAUAUAUGCGUUGUUGUUUGGACUGGUGAUCGCAGGUCCCCCACCAGAGAUACAGAGCAAAGGGACGUUGUGUGUUUACUGCAAUGAAAGAAAAGCCAAUUUCAACUGGACGUACCAAGUACAAUCAGUAUACCGCAUCCAGUGGAAGUUUGAGGACAUUUUCAUGGCAAAUUACACAGAGCGUCGUGCAAACCUGACACAGGAGUCCCUCAGUAUUAACCAGAACUACAGUGGCCGUUUUGCCCUCCUAACUCCAGGUGAUGUUGGUUUUAGUCUCACCAACGUGAAGAGGGCUGACCUAGGAACCUACAGGUGUAUCAUCACAUUAGACAGCGGAACAGGAAUAACACUGCAAGGAGGUUUAGAAGAGAGACGUACUGAUAGACGGGAAAAAGAGGAGACGUGCAGUCAUGGAGUUGCCAUCUUUAAGUGGACUCGGACUUGGGAGGAGCCUUUCGAACACGUACAGUGGCAGUUCAAUGAAACAACGAUUGCCAGUACAACCAAAGAAGGAAUCAGUAGGGAUUCACUGCACAUCACAGCCCAGUACGAGCCUCGCUUCCAUCUGGUAGAGGCAGGUGAGGUUGGGUUCCGGCUGGAGAAGGUCAGAGCCGCGGACGCCGGAACAUACGCUUGUGUCAUUACAUUUCCAAGCGGAAAAUUUAACAUUAUAUGGAAUUUGGAAGUGAAAGAAGUACAAAGUGGCAACUUGAGCAUUGCUGUCAUCAACCAGGAGACGCUGUAUUGUGGGGAGGAGAGGAAGUCGGACUUCAGCUGGGUUUUCCAAAAUAUGUCUGGGGUAGAGAACGUGGAUAAGACAGGACACGUCCUACAUCUGCCAUCCGUUCCUGCGUCGGGGUGGGUGUUCUGUGUCCGUCAGUCUGACUGUACAAUGUCGUCGAUCUACAAUUUCACCAGUGGUGAGUCAGUCGAAGGUUCAAAAUUUGCAUGCAUUUGAGUGUUGGUGAUUGUGAUGAACCAGAGGCGGGACAAACAUGAAAUCUGGUAAGAUAUUGCUGUUUAUGGCAAGCUAGUAUGGUAAUAUGGUAAUAUAUCAACCGCCUUGUUUGAGAUGUGUUUUGAAAUGAAAACAAUCCUUGCAACGAAAAAGUUAAUUAAAACCUGCAUAUUGUGAAACUUUACCAAGGUUGUGGUGGUUGUUGGAGCGGAUAUCUGUAUCGUGUUGGUGAUACAUGUCAUGUUUCUAUCUCACUCUGUCUCAAAUACUCAGCACCCUUAUCUUUGUAUAACUUGGUGGCCAUUUUCCAAAUAGAAUAUCGGUCUUAAACCUAGGUGUUGUU